AUGGAACCAAGUCCGCCGCGAUCUCCAGUGUAUUCUCGCCUAGAGGACCAGGAACCCAAGGGCCUGGCGACUCUGUGCUAUGUGAUCUUCCUCGGCACGUUCGAGUGGGGUAUGGUCAUCCCCACGCUGUGGCCCUUGCUGCAAAGAAUGGGCUCCCCUGAGAUGUAUUUUGGGCUUGUGAUUGGCACUUUCUCGCUGACUCGAGUGAUUUGCCAGCCGAUUAUCGGAGCUUUGGGAGAUCGCUUCGACUUCCAGGUGCUGCUGUGCAGCUGCCUGCUUUGUUCAGCAUUGGGAGGCUCGGGCCCGUGGGCUACGGUCGAGGCAGCCUACGACAAGAUCUCUGCGAAUUUUGCGGAAAGCCGGCGCUUCCCAUGGCCGUUCGUUGUGCAAUGGAUGCGGACCAGUCACAGGGACACACUCCUGGUGGCUGGGUGUGGGGAUGGCAGGCAUGUUCAGUCAGCCCUGGAUUUGGGCUUCCGCCGCAUCUUUGCCCUGGACUUGUCCGAGGGCAUGCUCCAGGCAGCUCAACGGCGGCUCGGAGACAGCGGAGAAAGCGUGGUUUUCUUGCAUGGCGACACCAGGCGUGUGCCCUUGCCAGAUGAAUCCGUCCAGGAUGUGCUCUCUUGUGCGGUCUUGCACCACCUGCCCCUGGCAGAGUCCAGAGCUGCCUUGGAAGAUUUCAGACGCCUGCUGCGGCCAGGGGGACGGCUCCUGGCAUCCUGCUGGGAUCCUCGAGCAAAAGCUGUGGCGAAGCGAGGAAAGCCCGCAGAGGACGGCAUCGAUGCUCAUGCUUACUGGGUUGCCUGGCGGUGUGCAGAUGGAAGCGAUGUCCAACGAUGGUACAACUUACCACCGUUGGAGGUGAGGCGGCAAAGUUGGAGUGACAUACCGGGCCUUCUCCUCGAGAGAGUGGAGCUUGAUGGUGACAAUCAGGUCUUCGAGUGGCGCAAAGUCCCAGAGAGCGGCUCCUGA